CGUGGAAAUAUUUAAUUUUACAAUCAGGGUAACAAGGUGAACGUUGACGGAUCAUGAUGUUAUGAAUUAUUUAUAUCUAAUGUAAGCACUGAGGUUUCUAUCCACAUCAUUUUGGAAGGGGUCCGUUUAACGUCAAUAUUUAAUGUAAGACAGAAUAAACGAAAAAAAGUUACGUUUGGCGGUAAAGCAUCAAUGUAAUGUGUGAGAUUUGAGAGCAUCGCUCAAUUCGGCAACACCCUGUCCUCAGUAGGCUACAUAAGCUAGCCCUACUCCUGUUCCUAAUUUCAAGACCACGUGAUGGUGGGAGUGAGUGAAGUUUAAAUUCCCUUUCAGAAAGGCAGCUCAAUUCAUCCCCUAUAAAAAAUCAUCCCUUUUAUAGCGACAUCUUAUAUGCCACGCUAAGGUAUAACUUGAAAAUAGGCAAGAACGCGCCCAUCUUGAACGAGUCACAUCCUGAAGUACACACACACUGAAGGUGCAUCGAGACCACUGAGGUGGAGAAAUGCUACAGGAGAAGGCCUCAACUGUGGCUGAUGAAAGCAUGACUGUGGCCCGGUCCAGUGGCCACUCUGAGCUAACCAGUGAUUCUUCACAUCUGGGUCUGCCUACAACUCCCAGCAUUCCCCAGAACAAUGAGUCUGACCAGAACAUUGAAAACAUCAAAGUGGUUCUUCAUGACAGAGAAAUGUGGAAGAAGUUUCACGAGGCUGGAACAGAGAUGAUCAUUACCAAAGCAGGCAGGCGGAUGUUCCCCAGCUACAAAGUGAAAGUUACGGGGAUGAACCCAAAGACCAAAUACAUUCUUUUAACGGACAUUGUUCCAGCUGAUGACCAUCGGUACAAGUUUUGUGACAACAAGUGGAUGGUAGCUGGAAAAGCAGAACCUGCGAUGCCUGGAAGACUCUACGUCCACCCAGACUCUCCAGCGACCGGAGCCCACUGGAUGAGACAGCUGGUCUCGUUUCAAAAGCUGAAGCUCACAAACAAUCACCUUGAUCCAUUUGGACAUAUAAUUCUGAACUCCAUGCACAAAUACCAGCCCAGGCUACACAUAGUGAAAGCUGAUGAGAACAAUGCCUUCGGUUCUAAAAACACGGCCUACUGCACUCAUGUCUUCCACGAGACAGCUUUUAUUUCGGUUACAUCUUAUCAGAACCAUAAGAUCACACAGUUAAAAAUCGAGAACAAUCCGUUUGCCAAAGGUUUUCGUGGAAGCGAUGAAGGUGAUUUGCGUGUGUCCAGACUUCAAGGGAAAGAUUACCCAGUGAUUUCUAAGAACAUGGUCCGACAGCGGCUUAUCUCAUCACAUGGCCAUCUGUCAGGAAAACUGGGUGCAGGUGUGCUGAGUAGCCAUCCGCAGGUGGCUUCUCACUAUCAGUAUGACAGUGGAGUUUCCUUGCCAAACCCUGAUUCCCAGGAAUCGCUCUCCAACUCAUUCCCUUCUAGCCGGGAGUCAAGCCUUCUUUAUCAUUGUUUCAAGCAUAGAGAUAACACAAGACACUUGGAGCUGGGAUGCAAACGACCCUAUCUGGACACAGCAGCCCCUGCGGUUUCAGAAGACCACUACUUCCGCUCCCCUCCUUCCUACGAGCCACCCCUGCUGUCCCAUACAUAUUGCAACGAGGCACUGGCUUCUAGAGAAGCAUGCAUGUAUGGGGGAAUAGAGGGAGAGGCGGGCGGUACAGUGGGUACGGAUGAUCUACCAGCCCCCUCCCUGAACUGCAACAUGUGGGCAUCGGUGCAGCCCUACCCUCGCUAUGGCAUGCAGACUGUGGAGGCCAUGCAAUACCAACCUUUCACUGCCCACUUCAGCAGCACGGCCACCGGUGCCUCUGUGGUUCCCCACCCCUCUCUGUCCAUGCAGCGGCCACAUCCGGCAUCAGCUGACCUGGUCACUUUCGCUACACAGCGGGUACUGCCUUCCACACCGGCUUCAUCAUCGAAUUCCCCCUCUGGCCCCGCCCCUCGUGACAGAGCUGCACAUUCUGCCCUGUAUCACAGGAAGCCCGGGUCCCCGCUGUGUUCACAAAGGGAUUUCACAGCUUAUCCAACCCACAGCCCCACUUCAACACGAGAAGCAACCUAUCAGUACCAAACAGGAUUGAGCAGUGUCGGACCCCACUGGACGGACAGCUAAGGAGUAACACUUGGACAUCAUUUGUAUCUACAGUCUUUAGUUUGGAGCAAUAUAUUCUCUCAGACUGCAUUAAAAUUAUUUUUGCAUUAUUUUUCAUACAGCUAUGAUGCUAAAUUGUAAAUCAAAGCUAAGCCAUAAUGUAUUUAGCCUCAUAGUAUGGGAUGCCCACAAUCUGUGGCAAUUUAUUUGUAUUUAUUUGAAAUUGAGACAUGACUUGUUGCAGGUGGCGAAGCCAGGGCACCUAAUGCACUAUUAUUGGCAUUAAAGAUAUAUGCUGUUCAGUAAAACUUUGUGUAUUAAGCACAAAAAUGUGCUAACUGAAAAGAUGCCAAUUAGAUCCAUAAAAAAUAUGCAAAUGAUUCAAUAAAUUAUAUAAAAAUUAGU